UGUUAAUCACUUUUCUAUCUUCCUAUUUUAGAAACAAAGGAUAUCACCAAAAUUUCUCUUAACUCUCUAAUUGCUGAAUUUGCUUGUGAUGACCAAAAAAAUACUAUUAUACAAAACUCCAAAUGCUUCCAUCCAAUAAGAAAGAGCACACACGUCGACAUUAAUCAUUUUGAUCGUCUUUUUCUUUAUUAUAAAUUUAUUCAUAUUAAUAUCUUCCGGUCCGGUCAUUCAGAUCUCUGUCGUCUCUUUCUCUCUCUCUAUAUCUAUUAUACACACAAACCAAUCUUUAAACACUACAGAGUCUCUAUCUCUCUUCUUCUUCAGCUUCUCCAUGAGCUUCUAUAGAUAAAAGCUUGACCCAUCUUUGCUUAUAACUUCUUUCUUUAAGAAAAAAAGACUAUUUUCUUCAUCUUCUAUAGGACUUUUGUUAGGUCCUCUACAAACCCUAAUUUUAUAAUGAAGAAUCAGCAAGAAGCGAUGAGCAGUAAUAUCGAAGAUUCUCUAAAAUCUCUAUCGUUGGAUUACUUAAAUCUAUUAAUCAACGGUCAAGCUUUCUCCGACGUCACUUUCAGCGUGGAAGGCCGUCUAGUCCACGCUCACCGUUGCAUCCUGGCCGCACGUAGCCUCUUCUUCCGCAAAUUCUUCUACGGAUUUGAUCCUUCACAAGCCGAUUCAGCUGACCAAACCGGGCCAGAGGCUAGAGCAGCCGUAGUGGGAGGAGUCAUACCGGUUAACUCGGUUGGUUACGAAGUGUUCUUGCUUCUACUUCAAUUCUUAUACAGUGGCCAAGUCUCAAUCGUCCCGCAUAAGCACGAUCCAAGAUCGAACUGUGGAGAUAGAGGGUGUUGGCACACGCAUUGCACUGCAGCUGUGGAUCUCUCUUUAGAUAUCUUAGCUGCGGCUCGUUAUUUUGGCGUGGAGCAGCUCGCUUUGCUUACUCAGAAACACCUGACAAGCAUGGUGGAGAAGACCUCCAUUGAAGACGUGAUGAAGGUGCUAAUAGCUUCAAGAAAGCAUGACAUGCAUCAAUUAUGGACCACUUGCUCUUACCUAGUCGCCAAAUCCGGUCUUCCAACAGAGAUUCUAGCCAAACAUCUCCCAAUCGAACUCGUAGCCAAGGUUGAGGACCUUCGUCUCAAAUCUUCCAUGCCUCUUCGCUCCCUGAUGCCUCACCAACAUGACCUAACCUCUGCUCUAGACCUAGAGGACAAAAAGAUCAGGAGGAUGAGACGAGCAUUGGACUCCGCAGAUGUCGAGCUCGUGAAGCUAAUGGUUAUGGGAGAAGGACUCAAUCUAGACGAGUCCCUAGCUUUGAUUUACGCUGUGGAAAAUUGUAGUAGAGAGGUUGUCAAGGCACUUCUUGAGCUUGGAGCAAUCGAUGUUAACUAUCCAGCGGGUCUCACAAGGAGGACCGCACUCCACAUUGCGGCUGAGAUGGUCUCACCAGACAUGGUGGCCGUCUUACUAGACCACCAUGCUGAUCCGAACGUCCAGACAGUUGAUGGUAUCACUCCUCUUGACAUCCUUAGAACCCUAACGUCGGAUUUCUUGUUUAAAGGGACAGUUCCUGGAUUGACUCAUGUUGAGCCUAAUAAGCUUAGGCUUUGUCUAGAGCUGGUCCAGUCCGCGGCAUUGGUGAUGUCCCGCGAAGAAGGGAACAAUAAUAAUAACGAUAACAGCACCGUGAUGUACCCUAGGUUGAAAGACGAGCACACGAGCGGAAGUAGUUUGGAUUCAAGAUUGGUUUAUCUUAAUCUUGGAGGUGAACAUGGAAACCAAAUGGAAGGAAUGAGCCUGCAUCAUCAUCAUGACCCGCCAACAAUGUAUCAUCAUCAGCACCAUCACUUCUAAGUUUUUAUAGCCGAUCAUCUUCUAAUUGAGAUAAUUAAGAGUUUAGACAUAUUUGAGAUCGUAUUUAUUUGUUAUGGUGGACAUACGCGAACAAUGUAAACUUUUAUGUUCCAUGAAGGGUGUGGGAAGGAGAGACGAGAAGAAUAUCAGGCCACCAACAAAAUGGUCAUUAGAAAAACGUAUUUUUAUAUAAAACGAACAAUUAUGCUGUUGUUAUUGGAAAAACUCCAUGUAAGAAUACAUUUAUAUAGUUCUUAUAUUCUCUUUAUAAUUUUUUUUUAA